GAGAGACUUCACUGUCAUGAGACGACUCAAUCUCGGGACAUUGUCUCUUCCCGGUAGCGAUUAUUCUCUUGAACGUUCCCUCCAAGAUGGCAAUACCUACUGAAAGCAACGAGCCUGUCACACAGCACCCAAUGAAUCCCUCAUCCUCAGGCUCUGGACCAGAUGCUGAAGAUGGCCUGGGCUCCGCAUACCCCGAGCCUCCUCCCACCAAAGCUCCUGAUCUAAUCAAAGCCGAAAAGGGAGACUUGGAUGCAAUCCACCAAGUGCCAGCCACGGACGAUUUGGAAUGUGCAGACACGACGACAAAAGAGGCAGCGCUGAACCAUCCUGCUGGCCUAGAUGAUGUGCUCACCCGGACUAUCCACGUGGUGGAUGACCCUACCUUGCCGUCGAUCACGAUUCGAUCAGUUUUUCUAGGCGUGGGGUUCUCAGUCUUUGGCGGCGUAUUGUCUGGAAUUUACUAUUUCAAGCCUCAGACGGUCACCCUCACACCUGUGCUGCUCGCCAUCCUGUCCUACAUCGUCGGAGAAGCCAUGGCAACCAUUAUACCUCGCAAGGGUCGUGUAGGAAGGCUCCUCAAUCCACAUCCGUUCAACAAAAAGGAACAUUUGGCCGUCACCAUCAUGGCCAACGCGGCCAGUACAUCGGCCCUCGGGAUCGAAAUCAUCUCUGCCGAGCGGUUGUACUACGGUAAACGAAUCGGAGGAGCUAUAUCGAUCUUUCUACUGCUGUCGUCCCAGUUUAUAGGCUACGGAAUAGCCGGGCUGAUGCGCAGGACUCUGAUAUUUCCAAAGAAAAUGGUCUGGCCUUCAAACAUUCCCGUCAACGCCAUGUUUGAGACGCUCCAUGGCGGGAACUCCAACCCCAGAAAAUCACUUCGAGUGUUCAUGUUCGUAUUUGCAGGCAUCUUUCUUUGGGAAAUUGUCCCUCAAUGGAUUUGCCCCAUCCUCACCGGUGUCAGCAUCUUCUGCCUCGCAAAUCAACACAGCACCACCUUCACAUACCUUUUUGGCGGCACCAAUGGAAACGAGGGACUCGGUCUGUUCUCUUUGUGCUUCGACUGGCAACAGAUAUCAGCUGGUACUUCACCGCUGUAUUUCCCAUUGAGCAGUCUCAUCAGCCAAGGGCUUGGGAUUUGUGGCUGCAUCAUUGUCUUCUCGGCGGUGUUUUACAGCAAUACCUGGAACGCAAAGAACUAUCCGUUUCUGGGACAAGUGAUUCUGUCUGAUACUUCGACUCCAGGUAAUGCUACUCAGUGGAAUCAAACGGCCGCAAUCAACUCUGAUGGCCACAUCAAUCACGCGGCGGUGGCCGAAUUAGGUCUUCCAGUAUUCCCAGCUUCGAACGUCCUGAACCUCAUCUUGACCAACCUGACCAUCGCCGCCGCUUUGACCCACGUGUUUCUGUGGAUGCCGAAAGAGACGUUGAGAGCCCUGUCUUUCUUGGAUCCCCGGAGACUCAGACACAUAAACCGAUUUCCCCAGGCCGUCCGCACCUCAUUCCAGCAAGCCAACAAGCACGAUGAGUACCAGGACGACUACGAUCCGCAUUACGUCCUUUCUCUGGCGUACAAAGCUUGCCCGGACUGGUGGUACGGGGUCGUACUACUACUUUCCGUCGUCGUAGGUCUGGUCCUGAUCUACGAGUCGGACAGCUCGUUGCCCUGGUGGGGAUUCUUCAUCGCCAUAGCCAUGGGGUACGUGUUGAUCAUCACGCUGGGGAUACUUCAAGCCUCCACCGGAGUCAGGUUCACGAUUCAAUCGGUCGUGCAGAUGGUGGGCGGCUACAUCCACCCUGGGCGCCCCGUCGCCAACAUGUGGUUCUCCCUGUACGGCUACAACGCGCUCGGCCAAGGGGUGCUGCUGUCUCAGGACCUCAAGCUUGCCCAAUAUGGCCAUCUGGCCCCCCGGGUGGCGUUCGCCGCGCAGGUCCUGGGCACCAUCAUCGGAGCCAUCUUCAACUACAUCAUGGCGAACAGCAUCAUUGACAAUCAACGGGAGAUCUUGCUGAGUAUCGAAGGGACCAACAUUUGGUCGGGAAACCAGGUCCAGCAGUUCAACGCACAAGCCGUCACCUUUGGAGGACUUUCACAUCAACUCUUCAGCAUCGGGGGUCAAUACCAGUGGGUGACACUGAUCAUGCUCCCGGGCUUUCUAGCCCCUGUCCCUCUAUGGCUGGCACACAAGAAGUGGCCUCAAUUACAUCUGGACCGAAUCAACACGGCCGUGGUUGCCUUCUACCUGUGCUAUCUCAACGUGGGAGUCAACUCUUCGAUCAUGAUGUUCUUCCUCCUCGGCUUCGCCUCACAAUGGUGGGUUCGACGGCGAUAUCCGGAACUCUUUGUCGAUUACAACUACCUCAUCUCGGCUGCUUUGGACGCCGGAACCUCGGUCAUUGUUUUCAUCCUGUCAUUCGCCGUCUUCGGCGCCGCAGGAGACUCCGUAAACUUUCCAAAAUACUGGGGAAACAACCUAGACGGCAACUAUGAUCGGUGCCAAUAUGCAAAUUGA